GUUGGAUUUCAACCGCUCCCACGAAUACGUCUCAGAGACACCUAAAUAAUUGUAUAUGUAUGUAUGUAUAUUUCGUGUGUGCCUUUGAAUACAGGAGAUGUGUAGAUUGUAUACAUGUAUAAACAAACAUAGAUGUUAUAAUGACAUACCAAUGUAAAUAUUACGGCACCCUUUGAUCAAACUGAAAAUAUGCCAAUUUACUUUCGAUAUUAUAAUUGCAUCUAAACAGUGAAUACACUUUGAAGCCAAUUAUUAAAAAUUAUCGUUGAUACAAACCAUGAAAAAUGUUUUUAAACAAGUGUGUUAAAUUGUGUAGCUUUAUAGCCAUAUUAUUAAUCGUAUCAGGUGAAAUCAUCGGAGCUAAACAGGAAUUAUCCCACAGGUAUUUAAGAAGCAAAAUUCAACGCGAUGUAAGUAAUAGUACCGAUAAUUCAAGUGGCUUUGAAGAGGAGGAAGUUGGAUGGACGAAUAUAAAUGCAGAAGUUGAUGUGGUAACUCCCAUGGUGCUUUUACAUCUUCAAAAAUUAGGUGUUGGGCAAAUGGAUCUUCCAGAUAUGAAAGAGAGCAUUUCUAUUAGGCCAUUGUUUAUUUCCUAUGAGGCCGGCCUAUAUCUGAAAAAUGGUAUUGUGUACAAUUUAUCGGGUAUACAACGGUACAACGAUGCCUUUAUGACAUAUGUGGGAAAAUCAUUUUUAAGUCGAUUCUAUUUAAAUAUCAACAAACUUCAAUUUGAGUACAAUUUCAUGCUGAAGCUAAUGGCAAUCGAAGGAUUUGGAAAAGUAAUUGGGUCCUUAGAGGACACAAUCGUUUAUGCUGAGCUAGCAGUUAACGUAAUUAAUUCAAGGCUACAUCUACACGAUUUUCGAAUAAUUGAAUUCAGCCAUAUUCAGGUGCAAUUGGAUCAAGCUAGAGUAAUUCGAGAAUUGACUGGCCUUAUUUUAAGCCCAAUUACCAAUUUAUUCAAGGAUCGAAUAACAACCUUGAUAGCGGAUGGACUUAAGGAGCAAAUGCAAGCAGUUAUGGAUGAUUUCAAUAAUGAGGAUCCACUAGAGCUCCGUAAAUUCACCAAAAAGCUAAUAUCUGGAAUAACAGGAUCGUCAAAUGAACCUGUCAAAUAGCAAUACAUAUAUGUUAUCUCAAUUGUAUUAUAUAUUGCUGAUUGGGUUUGGAAUAUAAUGACCGAUAUCCGUAUGUAUAUACAUGCGUAAAAUAUAACAAUUGCGUAAACCUGACCUGACAAAAAAAGAAUAAUAAAAGAGCUUUGUAUC